AUGGAAUCAAGACGAGUAUCGCCUGUUCAGUCCCCGCUGCUGAAGCUGGAUGAAGGCCGAAGUCCGCUGUCCUUGAUCUCGAGUCCUCCCAAAGAAGUACAAGAUGUUGAUGAUAAUGGUGAUGUACAAGAUGAAUACAAGGACAAAAUACAAGAUUAUGAUGACAAAGAUGUACAAGAUGAAUGUGCGAUUAAAGUACGGGAUGAUAAUGAGGAUGAUGAAGUACAAGAUACUGAUGAAAUACAAGAUGUUGAUGAUCAUGGUGAUGUACAAGAUAAAUAUAAGGACGAAGUACAAAAUAAAUUUGAGGGUAAAGUACAAGAUGAUGAUGAUGAUGAAGUACGAGAUGAUGAAUAUGAGGAGGAAGUUCAUGAUGACGAUGAUGCUGAAAUAAAAGAUGAUGAUGAUGAUGAUAAAGUACAAAAUGAUGAUAAUAGAACACAAAAUGACGAAGAUGAGGAUGAAGUACAAGAUGAAAAUGACGACGAUGAUGAACAAGAUGACAAAGAUGAUGAAGUACAAAAUGUUGAUGAUGAUGGUGAUGUAUAA